CACUUCCAGUUUCCUCGAUAUCUCUUAUCUCUAUCUGUAACACUUUUUUCAGUUUUUCUCCUCAUAGAAAAAUGGAUUUCAUGAUUCCCAAAGCUCAGCCAUAUGUCUUAGGUGUUGAUCAGAAGUUGAUGAGUGCGAAAAACCCAGAAGAAAAAGAUGCUCAAACAACCAACUCUGUCACCAGCCAGCUUCAGAUAAAAUCCUCAGCUCGGUCUUCCCCUGAAGCCCUCGACAAAGAAGUUGUCCUUAGGCGUAUUCGUCAUCACAAGUGCAAAAACAAAGUCAAAAGUGUUUUCCAGGCUUUGGUUGGCGGUUCAGGACAAGCUCAAGAAAAGUGGAUGGAACUGGGUGAUGCUUUUACCUGCCCCUGAAAGGAAGCUAAAAAAAAUCCAUGACACUAUGAAUGCCACGGAAAAGAGUUUAAAACUCUCUUGUAGAAGAAGCUUAUCUUCCCAGAAGAAGUGUUUAUGGCCAAAUGAGUACUUGGUAGGUGGUAGUAUUGUUUCUCUCCGAUUCAAAGAGAACCAUUGUUGCAGUUAUGAUUGAUUGAAAUUUGAAUCCGGGAUUCUAUUAUGUGUUCUAGAUUUCUAGUACAAUAAUUCUGUUUCUUUUUGUGAUCAUGAAUUUUGUAAACAAGCAAUAAAGAUAUGAUAAAUCUUCUAGCAAACCAAAACAAAUCCGGUAAUGCAAAUUGCAAAUUGUUACAAACUAGUUAAUUUUUUUACUGGGAGUAGCUUAAAAUUACCACCAGUGCACAACACAUACAUCCCCAACCAU